AGCAAAACGAUGGAAGAAGAGUGAUCGGUAUAAAGAGAACCCAAGCUUCAGUUUCUUGUUGAUUUCGACGUUUUCGUAAGUUAUUAGCACCAAUGGAUCCCUACGACGAGAGAAGACUCACCGAAGAGGUUCUUCAUCUCCACUCUCUCUGGCGGCGAGGUCCGCCGAAGAACUGUAAAUCCAUUCCCAAUCAUUCAGCAAUCGCCGUCGCCAAUGUCGCGAAUCGCAUCCCUUCGAACAAGAGACCCGGAGGCCCACAACCCCCAAAGGCCAAGAAGAAGAAGAAGAAGCCACGCCCUGCCCCCGACCACCCGCAAGAAUCCGGACCCGAAUGGCCGUGUCCGGAGCCGGUUCAAAAUCAGCCCUCGACGUCAUCUGGGUGGCCGGCGAUUCAGCCCUGUGCCACUCCGGCGGCUCAGCCCGUGUCGUCGGAAGAGCGAGCGAAGCUCUCGGCGUUGCAAUUGCAGUACAAGGAAUUCAAGGCCUGCCGGGGAUUCUUCGCGAGGAAUGCCGAUUCUGGGAGUGAGGUAGAGGAGGAAGAGGAGGAGGAGGAGGAGGAAAAUGAUGGGGGGAUUACGAAAAUUGAGGAGUACAAGUUUUUUCUGAAGAUGUUUGUGGAGAAUAGUGAACUUGGGGCUUAUUACGAGAAGAAUUAUGAAUGUGGGUCGUUUUGUUGCUUGGUCUGCGGCGGAAUGGGGAAAAAGAAAUCUGGGAAAAGGUUCAAGAGCUGCGUUGGGCUCGUUCAGCAUUCCAUUUCGAUAUCGAGGACGAAGAAGAAGCGGGCUCACAGGGCUUUUGGACUGGUCAUAUGCAGGGUUCUUGGUUGGGAUGUUGAUCGACUUCCGAUUAUUGUGUUGAAAGGCGAGCCUCUUAGUCGCUCAUUAGCUGAUUCUGGAGAACCAGAGGUUCAGCCUGAGGAUAAUCAUGUGGCUAAAGAGGGUGGUUGUGGGGUUAAGAGUGAGAACGAUGAUCAGAAGAAUGAAGAGAAAUUGGAGGAAGACAAGGCAGCAGAAGAUCCUGAUUCUAAUGCUAAAAAUUCGAGUUCUGGUGAGAAUGUAAAUGGCUGCAAGGAGAAUGAUGUCAAUAUGCAAGAAGAAAAUACUGAUAAUUCAAUUCCAGGCAUGGGAUCAGACAAAGAGGAAAUGAAAAACUUGCCUGUACUGCAGCCGAUCUCGAAAGCCUGUAAAGAAUUUUUUGCAGGCUUCUCUCCAUCUACGAGCGAUGAAUUGAACGAUGGAGAUGGACUCGAGGAACGCGAAGAAUUCAAGUUCUUCUUGAAGUUGUUUACUGAGAAUGAUGACUUGAGGGGAUAUUACGAGAGCAACUAUGAAGACGGGGAAUUUGUCUGCUUAGCUUGUGAAGGAGCAGGGAAGAAAACACCAAAGGGAUUUAAGACGUGUGGUCGUCUUCUCCAACAUUCAACUUCUCUAGCGAAGAAUAGAAUAGGGGAAAAUCUGCCUCACGAUGCUGACCGUGCUAAAAUGUUGAAGAUGAAGACACUGGCUCAUAGAGCAUAUAGUUCGGCUGUGUGCAAGGUUCUUGGUUGGGACGUCGAAGAGCUUCCAUCAGUCGUGUUGAAAGGCGAACCUCUGGGUCGUUCCUUAACAAAGCCAGGCGUGUCAAAGGUUUCGCCUAAAUGGCAGGAUGAAAUUGGUAAUGUGAAUUAUUCGAUUUCGGGUGAUCCUAUGGAAAAUGGCUCUAUAGAGGCUAGCAAAUUGCGGGACGAUGCAGUUUGUAAGAUGAAUGAUCUCGUCGGAAAUUACUCAGACAGAGAUCAACAAAUUGCUGGGUGAAUCUGUUGGACGAUGUUAUAGAAAAUGAAUGUAUGAAGAUUAAUAGCUGUGGUAGAGCAGUUUUGUCAUGAUUCAGUGAUAUGCUAUUAGUAGAAUUCUACUUCAAA